CCCGAGCACCCCAGCGGCCCCGGCCGACGCCGUGUAGCCCCGCGCGGCACGAGCAGCUGCCGAGGGGCCAAGGGAUGAACUGGGGCCCUCCUUCCCAAUGGCAUCCCCCCCUGGGCUGGAACUGAAGACACUGAGCAACGGUCCGCAGACCCCCAGGAGACCAGCUCCCGUAGGCCUCGGGGCCUCACCCAGGGAGGGAGUGGACAAUGCCUGUUUCUCCUCGGAGGAGCAUGAGACCCAUUUCCAGAACCCAGGGGACAUCAGACCGGGCAGCUCCUCCAGCCCCUCCGGGGGUGCCCCCUCCAGGCCUCGGUCCCAGCGGGAUGAUCUGUCCCUGCAUUCGGAAGAGGGGCCGGGCCUGGAGCCCGUGAGCCGCCCGGUGGAUUAUGGCUUCGUUUCCGCUCUGCUUUUCCUGGUGAGUGGGAUCCUCCUGGUGGUGACAGCGUACGCCAUUCCCCGUGAGGCCCGCGUCAACCCGGACUCUGUGACGGCGCGGGAGAUGGAGCGGCUGGAGAUGUACUACGCCCGCCUGGGGUCCCACCUGGACAAGUGCAUCAUCGCGGGCCUGGGGCUGCUCACAGUGGGCGGCAUGCUCUUGUCGGUGCUGUUGAUGAUCUCCCUGUGCAAGGGCGAGCUCUACCGCCGGCCGACCUUCGUCCCCGGCAGGGGCUCCAGGAAGACAUACGGCUCCAUUAACCUGCGCAUGAGACAGCUCAAUGGGGACGGGGGCCAGGGCCUGGUGGAGAACGAAGUUGUCCAGGUCUCAGAGACCAGCCACACCCUGCAGGCGUCUUAAAUAAGAGCCCGCCUGAUCUAGCUGCUUCAGCUCUAGGGCUGCAAGCCCCCAAGGCCAUGGGUUUUAGACUGAGCUCCUCACAGGGCCCUGGGGAAAGAGUCUUAGGUGCUGGAAAGGGAGUUGGGGGCCUGGCUCAGGCUCUACCGUGCAGGGCGGCCCCCUGAUCUGUUUCGUAGCUUCAAGUUCUGCAUAAGGUUUUGUUCGGAGGGUGGCUUCUGCUGCUAAAAAUACAGAAGAUCGGCGGGAACUGCUGCCCUUGGAGGAUGAGGGUUCUUGGCAAUUCUCAGCAUUGAGAGCAGUUUGAAAGGCUGCCCAUCCUCUUCUUCAUGCCUCGGGGAAUUCCGGGAUCUCCGGAGUCCUCGUCCACGAAGGAUGGGUGUUGGUGACUUUGGAGGGAUCCCUUUCAGCCCUGACCAUCUAAGGUGGGAGGUAGCUUCACCAUGAGGGGAGAAGUCAGCACUGGGGUGACCGUCCCCUCUCCAGGCCGGUCCCCUGACUGAAAGUGAGGGUUGGAUUGGACGAUCCCUUGGGCCCUCCAGGUCAGCCCUAGGAAUGGGUGCCCAGUAUCUGCUUCUGGCCACUCCUUCAAGGGGAGAAGGGUGUUCGGCAGGAGCUCACCAUUCUCUGUGCCGUAUUCUGGCCUGGCCAUCUUGGUGGCCUCCAGUGUCAGACAGCCAGCAGCUGGCACUCCUGCCCGAGGUCCCUCAGUCUCCCAGUGACGCUGGGUUAAAUCCAAAGUUCAAGGUUUUGGUUUUGGGCUGAAAUUUCCUGCAGUGGCUAGAUCUCAGCACACAUUUCACAAAGUCAAGUGCACAGUUUUCAGCAACUCCAGGAAUAAGAGGGGUCUUUUAUACCAGGAAGGGCGAGGGCUGGGUUGUGUUUCUGUGGACGCGGUGGGGGCCUGCACCCCCCACCCCUCCUUCAGAGUGUGUCUCUUGUGCCUGACUUUUUUCUGACGGCGGAAAAAAAAUGUUUCGUUUUUUUUUUUUUUUAGUUCUGAUUUUGUAAUGUCCCCCUCUUCCCCAUUCUUUGCAGCAAAGUGCAGUUCCAGAAUAUUUGGGGAGAAAUCAGGCACAUUU